GCAGAGUGCAGACUGAAUGGUUGGAGGUUAGAUUUGACAUGUCAACACACUCACGUUAAAAUAAUACAAAAAUGUCAUUGUACGAUGAUUUUGAUAAGCACCGAACAACAGAAAAAGUCGCAGGGUGGUCAUCGGGUAUUAAACUAUUGCAGUCCCAGCUACAACUAAAAAAAGCGGCAACUACACAGCCAAAAAGAGAACAGUUCAGAAAAGCUUCGGCAGUUUUGGCACCUGUAAUUGACUUGAAGUCAAAGGUUAACCGUGAUGGUGAGAGAGAUGAAGACUCACAAACAGGCAAUUCUCUUACCCUUAGUGGUACAAAUAAUGUCGGAGUCGGAGGCGAGUUUGAUUGGAACGUAAUAAAUGAAUAUGACCCAAUGUGGCCAAAUGAGUAUGAAAAAGUUGUUAAGGAAUUACGUGAUAUUCGGGACAGAGAACACGACCAAGAAAAUGAAUUACGUAAACGCCGACGUGACACUACCAAAUUUGAAGAUCCACAGACUUCCCCUGGUAGCAACACAAUGGUCGCACCGGAAAGGGACGAGGAGAGAACACCAACUUCGAGAGGAGUGGGCGGCGGCGCAGCCAUAGCACCCCCCCCAUCCCUUCAAGAGGCACCAGAUCUAGCACCUCCUCCACCUCCACCCCGACCGCAGGCAUCGAAUCUUGGCUAUGGUGCUUCCUCCGUAGCUGCCAAGAUCAUGGCAAAAUAUGGCUUCAAAGAAGGCCAGGGUCUUGGUAAAAAGGAACAGGGAAUGUCUGUUGCUUUACAAGUAGAAAAAACCAGCAAACGUGGUGGUAGGAUAGUUGGUGAAAGAGAACAAUUGAUGCCUCCUCCACCACCCAUGGUCCCUUCGCCACCACUGCCUGUAGCUGUAGCUCCUGUUCCACAACCUGUGGUUCCUCAAGAGGAGCCAAGCAUUACGGAGAUUAUGAAAUCACCCAGCAAGGUGGUGCUGUUACGAAAUAUGGUUGGACCAGGUGAGGUGGAUGAAGAUCUUGAGCCAGAGGUCAAGGACGAGUGUAAUACAAAGUAUGGGGAUGUAUCGCGUGUUAUGAUACACGAGGUGAUGGAUGUUCCGGCUGAAGAGGCAGUGCGUAUAUUUGUAGAAUUUAAGAGAAUAGAAAGUGCGAUUAAAGCUGUGGUAGACUUGAACGGUCGCUUCUUUGGUGGAAGACAAGUCAGAGCUGGGUUUUAUUCCUGUGAAAAAUUGGACACCUUGCAACUGAUGGAUUAACCUUUAAGUACAUGAAUUUUUUUUAAACGUGCACCGUCUGUGAACAAUAAAAUACUGUCAAUUAAAA